UUUGUGACAUUCCGAGUGGAGUCUUAAAAAAAAGAAAGAAAGGAGAAAAAAAAAAGAGACAAAGAAGAACCAGAAGACGCGCAACGCAGGCCAGGGACGGCGACGUCAGGAGAAAAAGACAUAAAAUCGCAAGUAUUACUUCUCUUUACUAGUACUCUUAAGAGUGGAAAAGAGACUCAAUCAAGAUGAGUGAACUGGAGCAGUUACGGCAGGAGGCAGAGCAGCUCCGGCAUCAAAUCAGAGUAAGGUGUCCUCCCAGCACACUGACCCUAAAUAAUAAUAAAUGGGGAUAUGUUAAGGUCUUAUUGUGGGGUGUAAGGGAAAGAAAAGGAAAGGUCUUUUGCCUUUCAUUUUUUGCCAUUCCCUUCCCUUCUUUUUGCCCAGCACCUUCUGCCUUUGAGUUCAUCAAAGGCAUCUUUGGGAGGCUGGUGAUGCUCUUGCAGAGCUUUUAGAGCACGGCGCUGAACCUCCCUGAAGUCCGCUCAUUGGUGUGUUCAGUGGAGCCAGCACUGUGUCCAGUGUCCCUUGCUCAGAGUUCCCUUGCUUAGCCCCUGUGGUGCAUUCAUAGCCAGUGGCUGCAUGUGUGAGCUCUCUCCCCUGUGACCCUAGUGCCAAUUUGGGCUAAGAAUCAACAUGACAAGCUGUGCAGAUCUUCUACGUUCAAGCCCCACCAGCCCAGGGAUGUCCUUUGGACACAUUUGGAAACUGUCCAGGCCAGAACUGUAAAAUGGCUGCCACGGGAAUGGUACAAGGCAGAGGUUGGGUUUGUGCCCUAGAUACUACAUAUUUGACCUCACAAGGUGUGAUGAAACACCUCACAUCGCAGAAGAAGAAAUUUGUUCCCAAAUCACACAUGUACAGACCAGUUUGUAUUCAACCACUCAUGCAUGGACUAAACUACUCUCCUCCCACGCAAGCAGUUUCCCCUUACUGUUCUUCCAGGCUGCUCCCUGCUCUUCUUUAGCCCCCCCCCCCCAACCCAGUUGCAGAUGCAGCAACCUGUUUCUUUAAAUAAUAGUUUUAGCAGACUGCAUGGACAUACUGGAAUUCAGAGCACCUGGCUCUAGUUUCCCUGCCUCUUCUUUUCCUUUCUGAAGAAGAGUGCUGAAGGGUAAGCAAGCCCAUGUGUGACUGAGAGAGAGAGAGAGAGCGAGAGAGCGCGCACAUGUACGAGCACAAGCAAGCCAAUAUAUGGUAAUAUGAUCUCCUUAGUACAUGUAGAUUGAGAAAGGAAAUGGCUUUUCUCCUUGGCAUUGUCAUCCUUGUGAGAGCUUGUAGAUUACACAAAACGCCCGAGUAAAUUCCACAGGCUACUAAUUGUGAUGGAACUAUUUGUUCAUUUGUUAUCCAUGAUACUGGCACGGGCAUGUCUGAAUCCUUCUUUCAAGGAUAAAACUUUUUGUAUAUGAAAAGCUCAUAAGCCCAAAAAGAUGAUAUCUUGAACUAGCCCAUCUGUUAAUUUUUUCCCCCUCUGGCAGGGAGGAGUUUUCCUGUUUUCACCCCCUUGAGCAUCCAGUUCAACAUAGGUCGUCUAGGGUGGCAUAGUCCAGGAAAGGUUUUGCUAUUUGAUUCUACUGUUGAUAAAAAUAACCUUUCUAUCUAUGAGUAGAACUACUUUAUACUACACUUGCUUUAAGCAGCACCAGAUCACAAAGUGUACCCUCUUUAAGCUUAAUACUGCCUUGUUAAUUGUUCACACAAAAGUACAGUUGACUUGCAGACCAGCUUUCACCUUGCAUUCUUCAAUGCAUUCUGUUUUCUUUCAGAGAAGUGCAAACAGGUAGGGGAAAAUAUAGCUGCUCUCUAGCUACAUUUCACUGUUAAUGGAAAGCUGGAAGUGGUCUGCAGAUGUUUAUGAGUUCGAUGAGAUGGAUGGCAAGGGUUAAUGAGAAUUGCUUUGGGUUAAAUGUAUUGUCUACCACUUUGUACCUGUGCAGAAGAGCUAUGACUGGGCAAGCUUCCAGAACUGGCAAGCCAAGAUAGAAUUACUCCCUCUGGAAAAAGAGGCACUAAUGUCAUAUCAAGUAGAUUUGUGGUAGUCAAUAGAGCUUGUGUUCAAGCUGGCUUCCAAUAUAUACAUUAAUCUUUUUUAAAAUUUAUUUUAAAGGAUGCUAGAAAAGCUUGUAGUGACACAACUCUUGCUCAGAUCACUGCAAGUCUUGAUUCAGUGGGUCGAAUCCAGAUGCGCACGAGACGGACCCUGAGAGGACAUUUAGCUAAAAUUUAUGCCAUGCACUGGGGAUCUGAUUCAAGGCUACUAGUGAGCGCUUCCCAAGAUGGAAAAUUAAUUAUUUGGGAUAGUUAUACAACAAACAAGAUGCAUGCCAUCCCUCUGAGGUCUUCCUGGGUGAUGACUUGUGCAUAUGCACCGUCUGGAAAUUACGUCGCAUGUGGUGGAUUGGACAACAUCUGCUCUAUAUAUAACCUGAAAACAAGAGAGGGCAACGUACGAGUGAGCAGAGAACUGCCCGGCCACACUGGGUAUUUGUCCUGUUGCCGCUUUCUAGAUGACAACCAAAUAGUCACGAGCUCAGGAGACACUACCUGUGCUUUGUGGGAUAUUGAGACUGGUCAACAGACAACUGCUUUUACUGGACAUUCAGGAGAUGUAAUGAGUCUCUCCCUGAGUCCAGACAUGAGCACUUUUGUUUCGGGUGCCUGUGAUGCAUCAUCCAAGCUCUGGGAUAUUCGAGAUGGGAUGUGCAGACAGUCUUUCCUAGGUCAUGUGUCUGACAUCAAUGCAGUAUGUUUCUUCCCCAAUGGACACGCAUUCGCCACUGGCUCUGACGAUGCCACUUGUCGGCUCUUCGAUCUGCGAGCAGACCAGGAACUCAUGAUGUAUUCUCAUGACAACAUAAUCUGUGGCAUCACGUCAGUAGCUUUCUCAAAGAGUGGCCGCCUCUUGUUGGCAGGGUAUGAUGAUUUCAACUGCAAUGUUUGGGACACCCUGAAGGGAGAACGUGCAGGUGUUCUUGCUGGGCAUGACAACAGAGUCAGCUGUUUAGGUGUUACUGAUGAUGGCAUGGCAGUAGCGACAGGGUCUUGGGACAGUUUUCUCAGAAUCUGGAAUUAAUCCAGCAGCUGAAACACACACAGAUUAGACACGCACACCUUCUCCACUGAGAUCUGGAGAGUUCAAUGCUGCAGCCUAUUGCUGUGAAAUAACAUUUCUACCUUGUAUUUACAGGUGAAGUUUUUCUACUCGCUGAUUAUUGCAUAAAUAGGCAUACUGUAAAUGAAGUUUAAAAAAAAAAAAUCAAGUGAAGAAGUGAUAGGUGGGGAAAAUCGGUGACUUGUUUUUUUCUUCAGAGGAAGGACGUGGAGGGUCGCGCAUGUAUUCAUGGUGACCGGAGCUAAAAGAGCCAGGCUGUCUUACGUUUGGCUUGGCUGUGUUGUCCUGGGGGGAAUUUCUGCUUGUGCCCCAGCUCUGCUAAUUCUGUACCUUUUUGUACAUAACUGAAUAUACACAUAGCAGCCAAUCAUGUAACAUUCUGUCUGUAAGUAAAGAAAUAAUGUUUGCAUUUUUUUAAGAAACUGCAUUUAUAUAGCUCUACAUUUAACCUGAGAUGUCUCCUCUUGAGUUCCACAAUGGAUCAGUUAGAUCGCUGUUUUAAAUGUGUCUUUUAAUUUUUUUUUGCCAGGGGAGGGGGGACUUUACUGUAGAAACUGUGUGAACUUGAUGAGCUGUUUGUGGAUUUUAUAACAGAAGGUGUUUGAAUUAUUGCUUGAUCUGUUUUUGAUUUUGUGUCUGUUUAAAAGAAACACACCCCAGUGACUCCUUGUGACACCUGGCGCCUUACUUGCUUGUUGACCUAUUUAUUUAAAUAUGGGGUUUGUUCGCUGCGUGCCAGUGGAUCCUGGCCAAUCUGUUGAUAGCCAGGGGCUCUAAGCACCAUGGAUCUGAAUAGGCCUUCAGAUACACCCUUUGACUAUAAGGGCAGAAUUUUGGGUGUGUCCAGAAUUUGAGCUUCCAGCAGACUCUAAUGUGACCUGGCUCAGCAUGCAAAUUGAGGGGACGAGCAUUGAUCUUGCCAAAUGACUGAGCCAAUUAAUGAUGGAUGGAUACAUGUAAACAGGAAAUUUUGACCUACUAUAAUAUUGCUGACCUGUUCUGUCUGGUGUGCCAUUGGUUUUAGAACCACCUUGAAUAAAAGCUCUUGAUAUAUCCCUCAUGGGACUUCAGCCACUCCAAAUGCAUGUGGGCCAUACUCUGUUCUGAAUGUUCCUUCCCUCCCCUGCAUUAAAAUUCUCCUGUGCAUUCAGCGAUGAAUAUGAUUCAGGUAGAAAACAUCUCCCUGAUUUACUAGUUUUCCACUUGCAGUGUAAUGUUAAAGUAGGAUACAUUCAGAUGAACUGUUCUCCUGCUACGUAACUCGUGGUGGAGGGCAGUCUGGUGAGGUCUGCUGUACACGUCCCAUCAGUAUUUGAAUGGGUUUUUGAACCCAUUGAUUCAGCUAGCAUCAGCCAGCCCCUGCAGGAAACACCAGAACUUCAUUCCAAUUCUGCCAAAUUACGUAGUGAGUGAUCCAGAUGCUCCACAGCAGAACAGAAUUGCCUUUUAUGCAUGCGCGUGACACAGCAUUUACUCGGGAAUCUGCCUUCCCCUUGCUUCCCCUCUCUUUCGAAUGCUGUAUCCCACUUUAAGAUCUUGUCCCGUUAUUUAUUGUUGUCUUUUACUAAGAGCCGGGUGUGGUGGAGGGACAUUGUGUGAAGCAAGCCUUGCGACUGGAAUUUCCAGUCUUUUACAUGUUCAUAUGAAAUAAAGUGCAUCCAGCAGUGGCUUUAAAGAACUGGCCUGUUCACAUAGGUAGGUUAAGGACCGGUUAGCAAUAGAUUUCUUUAAAAGUCAAUAUUUGUGGUUGGUCAGUACCUGUGCUUGCGGCAGGCAUUAUGUGGCUGCUCCCUUAUGGAGGCAUUUUGUGGCGAGAAGGGGAGCGAGAUCCAGUCCUUCAGUGUGCACAGAGGAUGUGUGUUUUUCAUGUCGUUACAUGUCCCAUUUGCUCAGUGUCUGAGGAAAAAGAGGAACUCCUAGCUCCAGUUCCUCUAACAAGCAUGCAUAACUGUCAGUGUUUUAAAACAGAUUCGAUGCAGAACCAUCUGUCCUGUCAAGUUCAACCAAACUUCUAGCCUUUUUCAGCCUUUUAGUUUGCCCUCUUUUUUUGGAGGAGGGAGCAGUUCAUGUGCCAAGCACAGGCAAUGUAGGAGCGUUUUUUUUUUUUUUUUUUUUAAAGACACUAGUAUCCUCUUCAAGUGUGAAGAUGCAUGUUUCUGCCAAAAGCAAAUACUUAAAACAUGUGUAGGACCAAAUUCACAAGCACAUGUAAUUCUGUUUUUUAUAUGGAUCACGAUGUUCUGAUCCAAUCUUGAUGUCAGUAUUGAGCUACCAAGUUUUUCUGCAAUUAUUGACAGCUGACUGUUAUUUUAAUUCAGACCUGUGUUCAGACAGGCCUUCCAAAUUUUGUAGGAAGUGCUUCUAACAUCAGUCCCUCCUCCCCCACUCCUUUAUAAGAAACACAGCCAACUCUGGGAAUGGCCUUAAGCUUGCCUUAUGCCAAUAAGAAUGUGAUCCUUGAGCAGAAAAUACUGUACAGUAGCAACAGAAAACGUUGAAAUUAAAAUUGGUAAGGCAAAAAGACUGGCAGAUGUUAUACAGCCUUAAGGAAUUUUAGAAAUACAUUUGUUGUGCUUUGUGUUAGCUCGGAGAUAGCAUUUGCAUCCAUGUGUUGGCUUUUGGAAAUACUCUCAUGGGGCAAGUGCAUUUAAUGGAUUAAGUCAUUCGUACAGCUUGCUGGUUAAUGAAGUUGUAAGCAGUGGCUGGAUUUCUGGCUUGGCUUCUGUCCUAGGACAAUCUUAAGGAGAAAUUGUGAAAAUAGGUGUUCAUACGAAUGUACAUGUCCUUGAGAGUUGUUCUAGAGUAACCCCAUAGAUUAAGCAGUCGCAUCCACAAUGAAAACCAGCUAUGCUUGUUGUCCUUUACAUAUGUACUUUACUGCAGUUUUUCUGUGUUGCUUAUCCCAGGGGCAGUUGCUCUUAGUAGAAUGAGUGAAUAUUUUCCAUUACCAAGAGCAACUGCAGAGUGGUUGAGGUUUGAUGGUGAAUGUCCAUGUAUGGUGUGUUUGGACCCAUUGCAUGGAAGGCACAUUGUCAGGCACCUGUUGCAUCCUUUAUGGGGAAUGUGGCAUCCCUCUGAAUGCUAGACCGCUCCUAUGUAUUAGCUACAUACUAAUCCUGAUGCUUUGGACUUGGUAGUUUUAGCAUUGUUCAUAGUGGGCAUUCUCUGUUCAGCACAACCCUCUUGGAAAAAAGGAUAUACUUGAGUCGCAGGCUGCCACCUUGUAUACCUUCAUUGGGUGCAAUGGGUCUGUUCCUGGGCAAUUACUAUACAGCAUUGCAGUGGAUUUCAAGCUUAUGUUAAACUGGCAGAAAAUUAUCACUGCAGCAAUGCAGGAUUACUCUUGCUUCUAAGAACACAAGCUACAUAGGCUACGUUACAAAAUUCCUCCCUAUUUGCCAAGUUUAUAAUUUGAAAAGCACCAACUGAACCUGAAAUCUGGGUAUUAGAAAUCCAGCUGUCCUUCAGGAGGAUCUGCUCUCUGUGUUACUCAGCAUGGGAACCAUUAUCUUGCAGCUACAGGAUUUAGUACCAUUUUACCAAAAGUGUUUACACACUAGUUGUUACCAGGGAUGUACAGCCAGAGGGGAGGAGGUGGUCAUUGACAGCCUCUGGUGAAGCAAGUUUUCACUAGGGGAUGACCUGAACUCCUGUGGUGAGCUGUGCUUCAUGUGGACAGGAGAGAAAGAGCUCUCAUGUAAUGUGUAUAGACUGCACCACAUUAAGAUAAAUCACAGCUGUUUGAAUUAUGUGUGUUACCUGCAGGCUAGGUCCUUUCCACCUAAAACACCUUGAACUUUUCAGGGUUGAUUCAUGCAAUGGUUUUACACACACACACACGCACGCGUAUCUAAAUUGCAAUUUAGCCAUUUCCUUAGCAUACUUUAAAAGUGUAAUUGAACAAGGAUUGGGUGAGUUGCAGCUUGGAGAGAAUAACAUUUGAGUUUCUAAAACUCUGUCCUAUAGCAAAAAUCCAUGUUGGCUUAGAAUACAGGCAAAGUGUUUAGAGUUUUUUUCCCCUUCCCUUUCCCAGCCUCCUAUCAAAUUUUGUGUGUGAUGCAGCUGUAUGAUUAGAUAGGUAAUCAGUUGUUAGCGUCAAGUAGCACAUGUAUUGGAGUGAUUGGCAAUACUAUUUCCAGUAGAUGUAACAAAGCUGGGAUUGAUGGUGCCAAAGAAUGAACAUGGUGUGUUUAAUUAGUAGUGUUAAGAUUCAUUCCAUGGAGUGGCUCAAGUGGUAUAAGCUGCGCUUCAGCCGUAGACUUCAGUCACAGGGAAGGCCAGGCCACAGAACACCCUGUGCCUGCAGUAGGGCUGUGUGUGACUGGUCUACAGGCAGCGCAUUUCCUCUUUUGGUGGAAUCCAAUGCCCUGCCUGUGCACUGGGUCGUUUCAGUGUUCUCUCCUCCACCCUUUUUCACUUCUUGCCUCCUGAGAGGGUUACACCAACCUGGGGUGAGGGCCUCUUGAACAGCAUUUGCUGCAGCAGGAGGGGCUGCACCUGAAAGGGGGGAAACGCUCCUCCAGGUAUGCAUGGAGUCCCUCUGGGCCCACAUGCAGGACACUUUAGGAUACUGCCUCUUGCAUAGGAAUGUCGGGUUAGCUUCUGACCUUGGAAAUGGAGCUGUGUUAGCUGCUCCUACCUUAAGCUGGCACUCAUACUGCCCAAGUAACUUCUUCCACAUUUGAGGCACUGCAAGUCUCUUUUCUUUUAAGUCAAUUAUUGUGUAAAAUACAUGCAAGACUGUUAAAUGAUCAGUGAUGUUAUGGUGAGUCCGUGAACAGUGUUACUAAUGACUUAUAAAUGAUAAGAUUUUUUAAAAUGUGCCUGACCUUUCUUGUGCCACACAAUGUUUGGUUUUUGACUAAUAUGGGCAUCUUAGAAAUACUUCAAGCCUUUGUUUUUACAACACAAUGGUGCUCUCUUUGUUUCCUCCUCACUGCAGUGCAUCUCCACAUGUGUAUACUUACAUCUUCACUCAAUGGAAUUGCGUCUAAUUGUUUUCAAAAAUGGGUGGUCUUUUUACUUUUGCUCUUACUAAUGACUUAUUCCAACAUACCAUAUCCAGGAGAUGUGUGUGUGCAUGGUGGGUUGUAUUUUUGUUUUUGUUUUUCUUUCAGUUGUUUCCAGCUUCUUUAGAGGAAAACCUUCCAAAACUUUUCCAGGUACCAAGUGAUUCUGCACUGCCUUUUGGAUUGUGUAUUAAGAAAGUCUUAAAUCUUUUUAUUUAACCUGAUUGAAAACUAAGAACCCAGGGACUUGUGCCAUUUGUUCUUUAACAGUGCUGUUGUAUAAAGAUUUCCCUGUGGAAAAAAAUCACUUGCUAUGAAUUGUUUAUAGUUUUCCCCAUAAUGAAUCUUUGUAUUUGUACAGUGGCUCAGUGAAAGAUGUUGCCCUGACUUGACAUUGUAACCAAUAAACAACUGCUUUUAACUAGG